UUGAGCUUGGUUGUAAGACUACCAUUGGCGUCUUUUUUCAAGUAAAAUAUCGAAAUAUAAAACAAUUGAAUAGACAAUUCAUAGAAUUCAAUUCUCUAGAAAAUUUUUAGAAACAAUAGAAAAUAAAAAAUAUAUAGAAAAGGAAGAUUAAAUGUCAAUGAAAUAAGAGAGAGAGGGGGGGUAUGUGUGUGUGUGAGAGGCGGAAGAAAGAAGCUGCGAUUUAAUAAAACGAUUUUAACCAGAAAUAAACGGAUGUAUAACGAUACAUGUAGCACGGGAUCACAAAACAAGUACAGUAAACUUCUGAGCAGGGGAGACUAUAUUUAUGCAGUUUUCGCUUAAUUUUAUUGCAGUCGCUGGCGUGCAUUCUUCAAUGACUUGAUGGAGUUUCGAAAAUAAUGAAUGAAAAACAAAAAGAAACAUCCAGAUUAAAAACUCUAAAGUACUUUGCCUGUGGCGUCGUGAUGCUUAUACUGUUACAGAGCUCUCGAUGGUUUGAGAGUGAUCUACCGCCCUCUUUAGGGGGAUAUGUUCACCCGGCUUUUCAGAGAGUUUACGAUGUAUUCAAGAAAAACAUUGAGACAAAUAAAGAGAAGGCGGCCUGUUUUUCUGCCUAUUACAAGGGGGAGUUAGUGGUGGAUCUAUGGGGAGGAUACUCGGACAUUGAGGCGGGGCGGCCCUGGAAAAAUGACACCCUGUCCAUCAUGUUCUCUACAACUAAAGGAGUUACCGCCAUCAUCGUGGCACUCUUUGUACAAAGAGGCUACUUGGACUACAAGAAGCGGGUGUCCUAUUACUGGCCGGAGUUUGGGAAGAAUGGCAAGGAGAAUAUUACUGUAGAUAUGUUACUAAGUCACCAGGCCGGGUUAUCCAUUACAAAAGGAACAAUUGAUAUACGGCUUCUGAAAACAAACCAAACAAAAGUGGAGGAGUUUUUAGAGGAACAGGAGCCGAUUUGGAAACCAGGUACAGCAUACUCCUACCAUGUAAUAACCUUUGGAAUGUAUGUAGACGUGUUGUUGAGGAAGGCGGAUCCAAAACACAGAAAUGUUGAUCAGAUAUUUAAAGAGGAAAUAGCAGAACCUUUUG